UGCGCACACACAUACACUCACACACCAUCCAGGGUUCUGGGUAGAAGACAGACCCAAAACUGAAGUUGGACUGUGCGAGCAGAGAGGAGUACAGAGAAUGAAAGCAGGACACCUGAGGGGGACUGUGGUUCUGGUCCAGACACCAGGUGAGAGGCAAGACUCUGACAGGGGGGGAACGGUGGUGUCACAUUUCUUUAAAAACACUGGAUGGAUUUCCUCGGGGCGACAGGGAGAUGAAGAGGGAGAGGGGGUUUCCUCUGAGUGGCCCGCCUCCUGCUUUCUGAUUGGCCAGCGCCACUUGCUGGUGGCAUCAGAGAUCUGGACCUCUUCAGUCAGUACAUGCAACAGACCAGGACAGGCUCACAGACAUGGUCUUCACGGAGAAGGUCUUUAUGGUCAUAGCACGACCCACGUUUGUUUGGAUCUAAUCUUUCUCAAUUUGGGAUAUGGGCCUGAUUCCAGAACAAGUUUGACUCUGAUUUGUUGUUCUGGUUGGGAUCACUACCGGACUUCAUAAUGCUGCUGGCUCCGGUCCUGGUUCUAACCAUUGUCUACGGGUGUCUUUCCUCUGAGCCGUCUUCAUUAAUGAUCAGGUACAGGGUCUGGGAAGAGCAGCCAGACGGAACCCGACUGGGUUGUUUGCUAGAUGACCUGCGACGAAGUGGUGAGACCCGGGUUCUUGAGAACUUCCAGGUGGUGGAACAUGGAAAAUCCCUGCCCUUCUCUGUCAGCAGCCGUGAUGGCGUCGUGGCCACACAAGGUCGACUGGACCGGGAGGAGCUCUGCCGAGACUUGGACUUGUGCGAGGUGUCCUUCAGCGUCCUCUACAGGAAGAGCGGGGCAGUGGACUGUCUGAAGGUUCGAGUUGAGGUGAUGGACUUGAAUGACCACAGUCCCAGCUUCCCUGGUCCUUUGCAGGACGUAGAGAUCUCAGAGUCCGCCAUUCUUCGGAUGCGGAUGCCACUAGAUCGAGCUGUAGAUCAAGAUGUUGGACCCAACGGCCUCCAGACUUAUUCCCUGUCGCUUAAUCAGCACUUUGCCCUGGAUGUGACUGGGGGUCCAGGCAACACCAAACUACCAGAGCUGGUGGUCAUCAGAGAACUGGACAGGGAGGUCCAAAGCUCCUUUAACCUCACACUAGUCGCCUGGGACAAAGGGAAUCCCCCCAAAUCUGGCAGCACAUUAGUCCGAGUAAAUAUUCAGGACUCAAAUGACAACAGUCCCAUAUUUGAGGACAGCAGUCCCACUGUGGAACUUCCAGAAGACACUGCUCGAGGGACAACCAUCAUCAACCUGAGAGCCACGGACCCAGACCAGGGCGCCAAUGGGGAGGUGGAGUACUCACUCGGAAGACACACACGCCCAGAUGUCCAAAAGCUCUUCUUUGUGGACUCUCGAACUGGCUCUGUGAGUCUCCGAGCCCCUAUGGAUUAUGAGGCCAGACCGUCCUAUGAGGUUGUGGUUCAGGCCCGGGACCGCGGGCCCAAUGCCAUUCCCUCCCACUGCAAAUUGCACAUCAAGGUCACAGAUGUCAAUGACAAUGCUCCACGGAUUCACGUCACGCCCAAGUCCCGUGUAGCCACGGUCCUGGAGGGUGUGCAGAGAGACACGUACCUGGCACUGGUCAUGGUGUCGGACGCAGAUUCGGGAGAGAAUGGAAGAGUUCGGGCAGAGAUACAGCAAGGGUCCGGCCCAUUCCGUCUGAAGCAGAUCCACAAGGACAACUACAUGAUCAUGACCAAUGGCAGUCUGGACCGAGAACAAGUAACAAGGUACAACAUCACGCUGCUUGCCUAUGACCAUGGUGACCCCCCACUCGUGGGCAUCAAGCACCUGCUGGUCGAGGUUCUGGACGAGAAUGACAAUGCGCCCGUCUUCUCAUCCUCAGUCUACAAAGCUUCACUCAGAGAGAACAACCAUGCCAACUUCCCUAUUCUUAAAGUCGAGGCCACAGAUCUAGAUCUGGAGCUCAGUGGUCGAGUCUCCUUUUUCAUCCACAAUUCCACAAACAGGAAGUUCUCUGUGCAUCCGACCAGCGGCAUGGUGACUGUCACUAGUCCUCUGGACUACGAAGAGGCUAGCUUCUACUCCUUCACUGUUGUGGCAGUCGAUAAUGGGCACCCACCGCUAACAUCGACUGCUACAGUCCAGGUUCACAUCCAGGACGUGAACGACAACUCCCCAGUCAUCACAGAUCCGGAACCCAGGAGGGACGUAGUUUCUUUGAGUGUCCCAGUCAACCUGGGCAGAGGCGACAUUGUGACAGAGAUGGAUAACCACAUUGAGGGUGUGCAGACUCAUUAUGGCCCCCAAGCAAAUGGAUUUCUAGCAAUGACUAUUAAGGCAGAGGACGCAGAUUCAGCCGAGAAUGGACAAAUCCGGUUCAGGAUCCAAGACUCUUCGGGGCUGUUGUGGGUGGACCCGGUUACUGGACAGGUCUUUGUGAACACCACUAAUGCUACCGAACUUGUCGGAAGGACCCUCCAGGCCCAUCUGAUUGUCACCGACAUGGGGACCCCACCCCUGGUCACCAAGGCAAGACUGGAAGUGUCUUUCAUUAACCUGAGGGACCAUCUGAGAAACUCCUCUCCGGGAACUCGUGGAGACUUCAGCUUCACCAUGAUGUUGGCCAUCUGUCUUGGCACCACCUGCCUGCUGCUGCUGCUGGCCAUCGCCCUUGUAACUACUUUCUGCCGCAGUGAGAAGAGGGACAACCGGGCAUACAACUGCCGCCAGGCUGAGUCUAUGUAUACGCAACAUCCUAAGCGGCCACAGAAGACCAUCAGAAAGUCCGACAUACAUCUUAUUCCAGUUAUUCAGCGUCGAAGAGAUGAGCCACCUGUGGCUAGCACAGAGUGUCAGUCCCUCACUGCACCUCCUGCGACGUUAGAAGACCAUCAGACUGAGACAAGAACCUUUGAGUUGCUGACGCCCCAUCAGGGGCAGUCGAGAACUGUCUGGAGACCAGGAAAGUGUGACGGGAUUUUGUCUCACGAAAUUUCCUAUCCAACCACCUCCUCAUCAGGGUCCCACUCCAGCACCACAGAGGCUGGCGGGAGCAAAGGAGUGCUACUGGCUUCAGAGACGACUUUCAAAGACACAGAUGGCCUCAGUGGUCCAGAGGCGGAGCACCGCAGGAUCCUCCAGAACCUGGCCCGCCUGUCGGUGGCAGUGUUAAGCGAUUCCAUGGAGUUCUCUUCCACCUCACCUGAAGUUCAGCAGAUCUCCCAGCUCCUCUCGCUCCUCCACCAGGGUCGGUUCCAGCCACGGACAAACUUCCGUGGGAACAAGUAUUCCCAUCGCUCCGGCAGGCUUACAGGCCAGGAGUGCUCUGAUUGGUUGAGCACAAAGGACAGUGGUCAUGGAGAGAGUGAAGCUGGAGACGAGUGGGAGUCUCCCACAGACUUGCUGCAGGAGGAUCUGGAUACUCCAGGUAUUCCGCUGUCUGUCGUACAUGCAGUUGAAAUCCACUCAUCCGAUUCUUCGCCAGCAGAGAGCCUCCUCACAAGCGCGCCCAACUGGAUGUCUCGCAUGUCACUUCCUCUGUCAUGCGACUACCACGACAACGUGUUUGUUCCGAACGACCCUCCGUCCACCGACAGUGAGCUCCUGCCGAGAGACGUGCUCGACUCCUCGUCCUUCUCCACGUUCGGCAAAGCCCCGGAGAAGGCAGGGCCAUUAAGUGGUGCCAUGCUGUCAGAGGUCAGCACGCUGUUUGAGAUGCUGAUGGCGCAGAAGGCCGACACUCAUCCUGGCCCGCGACCUGACGUCCUCUACCGACUGUCUGCGGCGUACCAACGGUCUCUCGGCACAGACACCCCGGGGAGGAAUUCCGAGGGUACAGAGAAGAGGGGUGCAAGCUCUGCCCACAUGCAAACUCAAGCUAUUUGAUUGACCAAUCAUACUGGACCAAGCAGUGGUCCCACCAGUGGCUUUUAUUUUUGAAGAUGAUGUGCUGACCUGAAUACAGGCUCCGUAGAGACCCCCUAUUGUCUCGGAGUGGAAGCGCAGCAGAUGACUCAAAGUGGCUGGUGACCACUGCUGACCUCCAGUGGGAAAAGUUUCGACCGGAACAUGUGCCUUUGUCAUUCAUAUGUUGUUUCUGUUUGUAUCUUCCUCAGUA